CGACAACAAAACCCAACCCAAAGGUGUUUCCUUUUUGUUCUGGUUCUCCCUCCUUUCCUCGCCUUCUUUCUUGUGAUUCUACUGCUGCUGCUACGACUCCCAAAUCAUCACCACUUUGAUGUUCUCUGGUGCUCUCGACGGAGGUUGAUGUCACCGCCACUGGAACAUGACUACAUAGGCCUCUCGGAGGUGCCUUCCGCCGCCGUCGGCGGCGGGGAGGAAGGGGCCCUCAACCUCAAGGCCACGGAGCUCAGGCUGGGGCUCCCGGGGUCGGUGUCGCCCGACCGCAAGGACAAGGUCGGGCUCACCCUGGAGCUGCUCCCCAGGGGCUUCGUCUCCGGUGCCAAGAGAGGAUUCUCCGACGCCAUCGAUGGGGUUGGGAAGUGGAGCUUCGCGUCCGGAGAGAGUGGAUCUGAGGUGGAGCUGGGGAAAGGCGGUGGCUUGUUCUCGCCGAGAGGGGAGGCGGUGGCCGGGGCCAGCGGAGGGCAGCUCUCUGGGCAGGGCACUGGGGGUAAGGAUGCGGCAGCGAAGGCGGCCGGGCAGGAGCGGAAGGCCGCCGCACAGGUCGGUAGUUCCGUUGGGAACGAUCGUGCGAUGGCUCCUGCAGCGAAGGCACAGGUGGUUGGUUGGCCACCAAUCCGUAGUUACCGGAAAAAUACUAUGGCUCCAAAUCCAUCUAAAAAUAAAGAUGAUGCUGAUGGAAAACAAGGGCUAGGGUGUCUCUAUGUGAAGGUUAGCAUGGAUGGUGCCCCCUACCUCAGGAAAGUUGACCUCAAAAUAUAUAAGAACUAUAAGGAACUGUCAUCAGCACUUGAGAAGAUGUUCAGCUGCUUCACGAUUGGUCAGUGUGGUUCUCAUGGAAUACCAGGCAAAGAUGGAUUGUCUGAGAGCCGUUUGAUGGAUCUUUUAAAUGGCUCUGAAUAUGUACUGACUUACGAAGAUAAGGAUGGGGACUGGAUGCUUGUUGGUGAUGUGCCGUGGGAGAUGUUUACAGACUCCUGCAAGAGGCUUAGGAUCAUGAAGGGUUCAGAUGCUAUAGGACUCGCUCCGAGGGCCAUGGAGAAAUGCAAGAACCGGAACUAGUCCCCACGCCAUGCUUGAGAAAGGACAAAUGAAUCAGAUAGCUGUAAUGGUCUUUGAGAAUGGAAGUUCAAGGGUUUUAGUCAGCAAUUGUUUCAUAUAUAUUAAUUAUAUUUUGUGGCUUGCUGUUCUGCAAGGACUAAGACUUGCCAAUAGGCUCUUAAUAUGUCGUAGGGACAUAAGCUUUAUCAGAUUGUGCUGCUUUAAGUCUUUGUAUGGUCGGGUUUGCUGUUUACAACUUAUUUAUCAUGCACUGUUUCCUAUUGGGAAGUGUCA